AUGGAUUUCUUAAACUCAUCUGAUCAAAACUUGACCACAGAAGAAAUGUUAUACAGAAUGCCAUCCAAAAUCCUGGUGUCCCUCACUCUCUCUGGGCUGGCACUGAUGACAACGACCAUCAACUCUCUUGUGAUAGCUGCAAUUAUUGUGACCCGGAAGCUGCACCACCCAGCCAACUAUUUAAUCUGUUCCCUUGCAGUCACAGAUUUUCUUGUAGCUGUCCUGGUGAUGCCUUUCAGCAUUGUGUACAUUGUGAGAGAGAGCUGGAUUAUGGGGCAAGUGGUCUGUGACAUUUGGCUGAGUGUUGACAUUACCUGCUGCACAUGCUCCAUCUUGCAUCUCUCUGCUAUAGCUCUGGAUCGGUACCGGGCAAUCACAGAUGCUGUUGAGUAUGCCAGGAAAAGGACUCCCAAGCAUGCUGGCAUUAUGAUUACCAUUGUUUGGAUUAUAUCUAUUUUUAUCUCUAUGCCUCCUCUAUUCUGGAGGCACCAAGGAACUAGCCGAGAAGAUGAAUGCAUCAUCAAACACGACCACAUUGUUUCCACUAUUUACUCAACAUUUGGAGCUUUCUACAUUCCAUUAACAUUGAUUUUGAUCCUCUACUACAAAAUAUAUAAAGCAGCAAAGAUGUUAUACCACAAGAGACAAGCAAGUAGGAUUGCCAAGGAGGAGCUGAAUGGCCAGGUCCUUUUGGAGAGUGGUGAGAAAAGCACAAGGCUGGUCUCCACACCAUAUACACUAGAAAAGUCUCUAUCUGAUCCAUCAACAGACCUUGAUAAAAUUCACAGCGCAGUGAAGAGUCCCAAGUCUGAAUUCAAGCAUGACAAAUCUUGGAGAAGGCAAAAGAUCUCAGGCACAAGAGAGCGCAAAGCAGCCACUACCCUGGGGUUGAUCUUGGGUGCAUUUGUAAUAUGUUGGCUCCCUUUUUUUGUAAAAGAAUUGGUUGUUAAUGUCUGUGAAAAGUGUAAAAUUUCUGAAGAAAUGUCCAAUUUUUUGACAUGGCUUGGAUAUCUCAAUUCCCUUAUAAAUCCACUGAUUUAUACAGCCUUUAAUGAAGACUUCAAGAAAGCAUUCCAAAAACUUGCGCGAUGUCGAUGUUAA